UGAAUUUCAUCGAUUGAUGCUUAUUGAUUGAUUGCAAAUUGCUUCGUCACAUUGCAAAGUUGACUUGUGAUGAGUGCCUCAGAAAGAGCAGUAGAACGAAGACGUAGAAUACUUAAUAGUAGCUCACAACGUCUUAAACUAGCUAGCGGUUCUGCCCUUGUGAGUGAAGACAAAGCACACAAUGUCGAAAAGGAAACUUCAUCUCCCGUCACCCCUUUCGAAGAUAAGGAAAACUUGUCUGAAGAGUCGACUGUGACAAAAGCAACGCAACAAGAUGUGAAAGAUGCAAUUGCAAACGAUGGGAAGGUUCCAUGGGAACAGAAAAAGUGUUCUUCGCAAAGUGAUGUUUCAGCUGUUCCGCACACUUCCAAUGUGCAAAGAACGCUAGACCGUUUUUCUAUAAUUCGGCGUGCCUCAGAGGCGUUUGGCUUGUUGGGUUCUUCUAAAGAUGAGAACUUAUUCCGGCCUGUAUGUUUCGUAUUUAUGGGUGUCUUACUUGCGGUAACUUUAUGUGCAACUUCGGAGGUUUCAAAAAUUCAGCUUGUUUAUGGGAUGACUUGGUUGACACCGCUCAAGUCAGUUUCCUUCUUUACUUGGUUUAUUGCCGUAGAACUGGCUGUGAAUACUACGAAAAUUAUUUCAAGUUUCUCCGGAACACGCAACUCGAGGUUUCAACAGUUAGUCUUCAUUUGGAAACUUUUACAGUUGCUGUAUAGGGACUUGUUAUGUGGUUUAUUUGGGUUUCUAGGUUACUUGCGGUGGUUCAGCCGUACCACAGUUUAAUAUUUUUUUGAAUAAAAUAUUCAAAACGCAC